GAUGAGGAAUGCGUUUUGCGUAAUUCCUGUUUUCACGUUUGAAAUCAGCGGUGUUUGAAACUAGUGUCAUUGCAAUGACGGUCCUGUUUCCAGAGAAAUAAAGUUACCUCGACUAUUAUAGCGGGACUUUAAACUUUUAUUACAAAUUAUACUGUAUAUACCGUAUCACUACGAACGUGGCAGUGUAUUUCUUGUUUGCCCAGAACCGUCAACUCGUCUAUUGUUGAUUUCCGUCAUCUGCACGACUGUAAACCAUAUCUAUUGUCUUGCUGCUUUAAUAAGUCGUUAACUACGUACGUGAGCAGAAGGCUGUAAAUGAUCUAUUCACACUCUAGAGCUUAUUUCAGUAACCGUCUUACAUAUAUUGUAUACACUCAUAUUGCUGUUAGAAAACUCGUACACGGACCGCGAGUCAGAGACGGACGUUGGGUCAUUGACCGCUGGCUGGGCGGCAAAUUAAUACAGUAACUGAAUGAGCAUUAUAAUUACUGGGAAACAAAACCUUAUUAAUGGUCAACGUGUACACAGGUUCAGUGAAAGCUAAUUAGUUUGUUUUUAAAAUAGUUCUGAUUAACAACAAACAAAUGGUCAAUUUAUAAUGUCAUUAUAUUAUGGGGGUGUGAAAGUGAAAUUUCCGCUAUUUUCACAUUUUUUUUCUGAGUCACUGAGAGAGUUAAUCAUCAUGUAUUGUGUCGCCUUGGUUUUGUUGAGUAACCUACUGUAUGAUGCAAGUUUUACUCUAUAUGAUGACACCGGAAGCAGGAAACCGUAAUAAUGUUUGUGGCGUCUCAUUGUGUAUAAUUAGGACCUUUGACACGUCAUACUUGCUCCGAAGUGAAACAUCCGGUAGAAGCUAAUUGGAAGUAGGUCAUAAAUAACGCGUGUGAACCAGUAUGAAUCACUUGCAGGACAUAGCUUAAGAUUGUGAUCAAAAGUGGGUGUAUCGUUUUGUGUUGCCAUAAUCAUAUGCUCGGUGGGGUUGGGGAGCUAGAGCACAGCAAAACCCUGUGAUAUUGUGGCGUUUUUAAGUUCAGUCACAUGUGAAGAGGUGGACGCCAUGCUGGCUCUGCAUGACCUCACUGGCACCUCCCCUCGCAUGGACGGUAACAGGUUCCGGGACAUCAUGCAUGGGAUCUUCGGUAUGACAGAUGAGGGAUUGAUGGAGGCUAUGUAUCAGGUGUUUGACAUGGACCAAGAUGGUUGUGUCGGGCCAGAGGAGUUUGUCGUUGGCAUGUCAGUCUUCCUCCGCGGCUCCCUCGACGAGAAGAUUGACUAUUGCUUCAGCGUGUACGACCAUAAUGGUGAUGGGAUGGUGUCACGAGACGAGAUGUUCCACCAGCUCAAGUCUGCUGUGGUCAACCUGCCACCUGGCGAGGAGCUUGAUGAAGUCGUCAAGGAUAUGGUUGACUUGGUGUGCAGGAAAUUGGACAUGGACCAUGACGGUCGCGUCAGCUUCAAUGAUUACGCUACUGCUGUACAUGCUGAACCUCUCUUACUGGAGGUAUUUGGACCGGUUCUUCCCGAUAUCCAGGAACGCGAGGCAUUUCUUAACACCUUCCUGGAGAAGUACGGCCUUCGUUCACAGCAGCUGUGAGUGAAUGGAUGAACCAAGCCACCCCAUCCAUUAUUUAACCAGACAACUUAAUUACUUCUAUCAACUAAAGAAUAAUCUUUGACUCUUCCAUCAACAACACCAAAGGCAAUCUCAUUUUUGGUCGAGUACUGUAUCAGCCAAAACAAUAUCAAGAGUAUGUAACAAGAUCCAGGACAUUUAAGGCACUGUAGUAUAAAUCACAAUGUAUAAUUUUUUAUGACGUCACUAAAAUACAGUACAGGUAUGUAUAAUUUGUGCAUAGUAUUAAAUGUAAAACGAAAAAAACUAUAGAGUACAGUAUAAUUAAAGUAUUAAUGUCAUAUAACAAUA